AAAAUCUCAACUCAGGCGUGUGCAUUCUUCUAAACAGACUGCAUUGAGCGCCACAUUGCUGCUGAGCUCAACUCUGAGGAAGAAGACAUGGCAAGGAUCAAAUCUGUCUUAUUCGUUCUGCUAUUUGCAGGUGUAAAUAUGACAACCAACACAACUGGGGCUCCCAGUGACACGAUGGGAUCCAACACAACUCGGGACCCUAUUGAAACCAUGGCAUCCAACACAACCGGUGCUCCCAAUGCCACUUUGCCAUCCAACACAACUGGAGCUCCCAAUGCCACUUUGCCAUCCAACACAACCGGGCCCCCCAAUGCCACUUUGCCAUCCAACACAACUGGAGCUCCCAAUGCCACUUUGCCAUCCAACACAACCGGUGCUCCCAAUGCCACUUUGCCAUCCAACACAACUGGUGCCCCCAAUGCCACUUUGCCAUCCAACACAACCGGGGCCCCCAAUGCCACUUUGCCAUCCAACACAACUGGAGCUCCCAAUGCCACUUUGCCAUCCAACACAACUGGUGCUCCCAAUGCCACUUUGCCAUCCAACACAACCGGUGCCGCCAAUGCCACUUUGCCAUCCAACACAACUGGAGCUCCCAAUGCCACUUUGCCAUCCAACACAACUGGUGCUCCCAAUGCCACUUUGCCAUCUAACACAACCGGUGCCCCCAAUGCCACUUUGCCAUCCAACACAACCGGGGCCCCCAAUGCCACUUUGCCAUCCAACACAACUGGUGCCCCCAAUGCCACUUUGCCAUCCAACACAACCGGGGCCCCCAAUGCCACUUUGCCAUCCAACACAACUGGAGCUCCCAAUGCCACUUUGCCAUCCAACACAACCGGUGCUCCCAAUGCCACUUUGCCAUCCAACACAACCGGUGCCCCCAAUGCCACUUUGCCAUCUAACACAACCGGGGCCCCCAAUGCCACUUUGCCAUCCAACACAACCGGUGCCCCCAAUGCCACUUUGCCAUCCAACACAACCGGGGCCCCCAAUGCCACUUUACCAUCCAACACAACUGGAGCUCCCAAUGCCACUUUGCCAUCCAACACAACCGGUGCCCCCAAUGCCACUUUGCCAUCCAACACAACCGGGGCCCCCAAUGCCACUUUGCCAUCCAACACAACUGGAGCUCCCAAUGCCACUUUGCCAUCCAACACAACUGGUGCUCCCAAUGCCACUAUGCCAUCCAACACAACAGGUGCCCCCAAUGCCACUUUGCCAUCCAACACAACUGGAGCUCCCAAUGCCACUUUGCCAUCCAACACAACUGGUGCUCCCAAUGCCACUAUGCCAUCCAACACAACAGGUGCCCCCAAUGCCACUUUGCCAUCCAACACAACCGGGGCCCCCAAUGCCACUUUGCCAUCCAACACAACCGGUGCCCCCAAUGCCACUUUGCCAUCCAACACAACCGGUGCCCCCAAUGCCACUUUGCCAUCCAACACAACCGAGGCCCCCAAUGCCACUUUGCCAUCCAACACAACUGGAGCUCCCAAUGCCACUUUGCCAUCCAACACAACCGGUGCUCCCAAUGCCACUUUGCCAACCAACACAACCGGGGCCCCCAAUGCCACUUUGCCAUCCAACACAACUGGUGCUCCCAAUAUCACUUUGCCAUCCAACACAACCGGGGCCCCCAAUGCCACUUUGCCAUCCAACACAACCGGGGCCCCCAAUGCCACUUUGCCAUCCAACACAACCGGAGCUCCCAAUGCCACUUUGCCAUCCAACACAACUGGUGCCCCCAAUGCCACUUUGCCAUCCAACACAACUGGUGCCCCCAAUGCCACUUUGCCAUCCAACACAACUGGUGCUCCCAAUACCACUUUGCCAUCCAACACAACUGGUGCUCCCAAUACCACUUUGCCAUCCAACACAACCGGGGCCCCCAAUGCCACUUUGCCAUCCAACACAACCGGGGCCCCCAAUGCCACUUUGCCAUCCAACACAACCGGAGCUCCCAAUGCCACUUUGCCAUCCAACACAACUGGUGCCCCCAAUGCCACUUUGCCAUCCAACACAACUGGUGCCCCCAAUGCCACUUUGCCAUCCAACACAACUGGAGCUCCCAAUGCCACUUUGCCAUCCAACAUAACUGGUGCCCCCAAUGCCACUUUGCCAUCCAACAUAACUGGUGCUCCCAAUGCCACUUUGCCAUCCAACACAACUGGAGCUCCCAAUGCCACUUUGCCAUCCAACACAACGGGUGCCCCCAAUGCCACAUUGCCAUCUAACACAACUGCUGCUCCCAAUGCCACUUUGCCAUCCAACAUAAUUGGAGCUCCCAAUGCCACUAUGGCAUCAAAUGCAACUGCUGCCCCCAUUGCCACCACAGCUGCUGCAACUACUACAACUUCCUCUACAACAGCCACCACAACUGCAUCAACAAACCCUCCUUCAUCCACUGAGGGAACUCUUGGUCUUCAGUUUAGCCUUGACCGAACAUUUACAUCAGAUCUUUCCAAUACAUUUUCACCAGGAUUUCAAACUUUAGCUACAACAGUAGUUACAGAGGUGAACACAGCCUGCAAUACCCUCUUCGGAACAAAUUUCAGUCGCUCUCUUGUUAACUCGUUCACGAAUGGCUCAAUUGUCACCAACAUGACUCUCGUGUUCGAAAAUCAGUCGGUGGUUCCUUCAGCCAGUGUUGCCACAUCUGGACUCACAAGUCAACUUUCUAACUCCAGCCUGGAUAUUAUACCAGGGAGUCUGACGGCAGAUGCUUCUCGGCCUGCAGUGUUUAUAUUGGCAGCCAUGUCCCUGGCAUUGGUGGCAUUGAUGCUAAGCGACUUUUAGAUGAGGCCCAAGAAAGACACCGAUUUCACCAAUUCUAUUUAAUAUACAGUAUAUAACAUUGCAUUGAAAGUGCAUGAUGAAAUGUACCAUUUGAAUGUCACAUAGUUUUGUGCAUUUGGAGUGGAUGAAUAUGCUAAUGAGCUGUAGCUGACCAAAGGAUAGUUUUAUUUUAAGAUGUGUAGUGAAGCUGCUUUCCUUUUGUUUUCUUUCUACAAAGUUGUCCUUUUUGAAUUGGUGGGCGCAUACACAGGGCAGGUUCAUCUUGCCGGGGUGAUAUUCAUAUUACUGUGAUGCCAUCAUUUAAAAAGUCAGUUUACCAUAAUAUGGGACCGCAGUCUUUUGUAAAUGACUAAUUCCUUCAUAGGAAAAUCAAGAACUUAAUGAAUUAUCUUUAGUUCUAUAUCGUAUUUGUUCAAUUGUACUUGAUAUGCCUGUUUGUUUACAAACCAACAAUAAACUAAUCAUGACAUAUUUAUUUCCAUUCAUCAAUAGAUUCAACGGGUCACAGUUUGAAUCGUAUACAGUUUGCGGUCAGUAUAGUGUGUGUGUGGAGAUACAGUAAAUGUAUUUAAAAAUGAA